UCGCCCGCCCCCCCGGCCGUCUCGCCCAUCAUCAAGAACGCCGUCUCGCUGCCGCAGCUCAACGAGGGGACGUACGACGGUGGCGGUGGCCGGGGUUUGACCAGCAAGUUCUCCUUCAAAAGCGGCUCUAACAGCUUCUCCAGAACGCACCAGGCAUACGGGCUGGAGUCCGGGUUUUGCACCAUCCCUCGCGUCCCUCGCCUCGAAAAGGCCCAAGAGAGCAGCUUUCCCGGGGAAGCAGAGCUGACGCGCUCGGACUCCCUGCUCUCCUUCCGCCUGGACCUGGGGCCCUCCCUGAUGAGCGAGCUCCUCCAGGUGAUGAGCUUCUCCGAAACCAACGGGAGCGAGGUGGGGGAAGAUGGCCCAGGCCUCCCGUGUGGCGAGGGGACCAAGGAUGGGGUCCCUCCAGCAUCGGGUGCAUCCCAUGGAGAGGACAAGGCAACGUCCAGUUUCUGGGACCACUCUGGGCAGAGCAGCCUGUCGGGGGCCAGCUCGCUGCCAGGACUGUCAGCCCACGCCAAUGGAGAGGCACAUGCCAUCGAGGGGGCUGGAGAGGACCCUGCCUGGGCUUUGGGGCCGGGAGCAGCGCCCAGAGGGACCCCGUGGCAGGGGCACUGGAACGACUGCACCAUCGAGGCGGGAGAAUUUGACCGGGCGGCCCAGGUCCUGGCUCGCCAUUACGGUGGGACCAGCACCCCGCGGAGCUCGGAGAAGGGCGAGGGUUUCCGGCAGGCCCGGACACAGAUCCCGUGGGAAAGCCCCAGCAGCAGCUCAUGGCGGUCACAAGUGACAGGGGAAAGCCAGUCCCCUGAGGCCACCUGGAACCAAGGAGAGGAGGAGGAGGAGGAGGAGGAGGAGGCGACCAAGCUCUCCAGCCUGCCCAAGGGCUAUGCUGGUGUCCAGGGAGGGCGCAGCAAUUCCUUCGAGUAUGCCGAUGAAGAGGAGGAUGAUGAAGUCAAGGUGUGA